AAGACCAGCAUGUGGCCUACAGGCCCUGAACGACUAUAGCGACAGACCCACACCUUGGACCUUUACGGAGAGUUGCGUUGGCUAACGCGAGGUUUGUAGACAAACCCCAAAAGGGAAACCCUCGGUCUGGACAAAAGACAUCAGGAUGUUGUCGAAGAAAGGCGAGCAGAGGUCGUUCGGCAACGGGCGCCUCCGAGACCAAUGGGAGAAGAGAGCGCAGACCAUCGCCGAGCAGUGCGAGCAAGAAGGCCGGCUCAGGGAGAAAAGUUCCCUCAAAUUGCUUUACUCCAAGUGGAACUAUCACUGGGCUCUGGCGGCCAACGGGGACACGAGCAAGGGCCAAACGUCCGACUUCCACGGGGUCGCGUCGGAGGAAGGGGAAAAAAACAAGCCCAAAAUCAAAUUCAAAAUCGUACCUCCCCCACCUCCCCCACCCAAAAAUAAAGCGCCGGCCCGUCCUCCGGCGAGAGCGCCGCCCCAACCUCUCCUACUGAAGCGGAAAGUCCAAGUGGACGUCUUCCGCUUGCACUGGAAAGACUCCUGGAUGAGUCUGAAAGCACCAAAGUAUCUUUUUCUGAAAGCCGACGAGGCAAAAAACAAAAUUCGAGGAUUUACGAGGAUUGAUGUGGUCAUCAGAGACGACAAGUACAAACCCGCCCAAUGGGCAUCGCGCCCCGAGUGCACGUCCGCUCUCGACUGGAGACCAUCCUGGAAGCAGGUCAAGGUCGCGACCCCGUCGGCGCGUUCGGGCCGCAAACAAUUCCAACGGGAUAUUUUGUUGGACAGAGAUGCCGUCCCCAAGCCCGAAAUCCAAAUCUAUCAACUCCCCGUCUGGGCCGGCACCUGGAAAAUUAUGAACUUUGCCUUCAGACAAGAGAAGCAAAAGUGGGAUGGCGGGUGGCCCGCUUUCCAACGACCUUUCCCCGACAAGGUCGACGACGCGCGGAAACUGCCGGAGCAGGAGGCGCCUCCGGGGUGGGGGGAAUCGUGGAGGCUUUCAAAAGCGAGCGUUGGAGCCCGAGACCGCUCGUGGUUGGAGCUCACCUUGGAAAGGGCGGAGAUAAAUCAGGUGCUGCUGCCCGGGUGGAACGCGUCCUGGACGAUCGCCGCCGCUGCCCGGGAGGAAGGAGAAGAAGAAGAUCAUGAAAAGAUUUGGAGCUCCUGUUGGCCUUUCGGGCUGCAGCUGAGGUGGCGCAUGUCUUCACUCCAAUCCCAUCAAAGGCACGCCGACUUGAUGACCAGGAGGCGGAAGAUUCUCAACUGGUUCCUCACCUCAGAACUUCACCGUGCCAGUGUGGAUCCCGCUGAGUGGCGGGAUUCUUGGAGGACUCGGGAAAGAGGGAACCCAGCAGAAGAGGACAAUGCCGCCGAGGUUUCUGAAUUACUUACGGACACCGAGGAAGAGGAGGAUGAAGGGGUGCGUGAUGAUGAAGGCAGCGAAGACGAUAAAGAGGAAGAUGAAGGCGUGGAUGAGGAAGAGGAAGCGGAGGACGCCCAGCUUGAAGACAACCGAGAGCACGUCGAGCCAAAGAUGGAAACUCCCAACGGGGAACUUGUUGAAAUUGAGCCCGAGGAGGACGAUCCAGAAGAUGAAGAUGAAGAAAAGCAGGAAUCGGAUGAGGACGACCAAGAGCUCGAAGAAGAUGUCGAAACGCGCGAGAUGAAACUGCUCAAUAAUCACAUGGACCUUCGCAAUCGGGAGGAGGAUGAAGAUGGAGACAGCGGCGUGACCGACGACGAAAAGGAGGAGCGAGGAAACGCCGUCCGCGAAGCGCGAGAGUACGAGAACGUCUCACUGCAGCUCAAAGAGAUCUUCAGGAUGAUGACAAACAAAAGGGAGAAGGACCAGGAGGAAACGGAUGAAGGGAAAGACCGAGCAGCCGCUAAAAGGCGGGACGGGCGAAGGUGGACCGACCUGGAAGAUGGAGACCAGGCGGCUUACCUUCAGGAGGAGGAGGAAGGACGAGAGCAAGGGGGAGAAGAUCAGAUCGAGGAGGAAGAGGAGAACCGCUGGGGCGGGGUCGAGGACGAGGAGGGUCUGGGGGAGAAAGAUCUCACAAGACAUAUCGAGGAGAGAUCUCUCGGCCAAGACCAAAGAGCCGAGGAGGUCACGGCACUCAACAAGGAAGACGACGCCAACCGAGAGCAGCAAAACAAAUCCGGGAAGUCCAUCGGACGCAAAGCCAAGGCGCCGCUUCACCUGCGCUUCCACAAAGCCAACGCCGCCUUGUCCUCGUGGACGCGCUCCUGGAUGGUGGCGGUGGCUCACAGGAGAAGCGACGGAGAGGACGAAGCCGAGCGCGCCCGUGGAGGUCACGAGGAGCUGAAGGCAUGGCGGGAAUCCUGGAGGAUGCGCUACCGGGGAAAGCCGCGCGAGGAUGAAGAGGCGUCGUUCUCCGCAGUGCACCGGCGAGUCAAAGGACUCGUGGACCGAGACCACCGCCUGCUGGAGACAAAAUGGACUCUCAGCUGGAAGAUGACCAACAGGCGUGAAGACGCAAAAUGAGCAGCAUGAAAAUGGAAGAGAAAAAAAAAAUAAUCAUCAUCCCGAAUGCUUUCAUACUGUACGUGUCGAUCAGGGCUUUUUUUUUUUUGGUUUGUC